AUGGCUAACAAAGAUAGGCGAUUUUGUGUUUCAUGGUAUAAUGAGCAUCCUAGUUGGUUGGAAUACAGUAUAGAAAAAGAUGCUGUAUUUUGCUUUUACUGUUAUCUUUUCAGCUCAAGUGGUGGUUCAUUUGUUAAUGGUGGAUUCUCAAAUUGGAAAAGGAAAGAGAUUAUCAGAAAACAUGUUGGGGCAUCAAAUAGUGCACACAAUCAUGCUCGGGUCCAGUAUGAAUCAUUUAAGAAUCAAGAACAAAGCAUUCAAUCUUGUCUGUUUAAGCAAUCGCUUCAAACUCGAACAGAGUAUCGAAUUCGCUUGAAUGCUUCAAUUGAUUGUGUUCGAUUUCUUCUACGACAAGGGUUGGCCUUUCGUGGACAUGAUGAAUCUGACGAUUCAAACAAUCAAGGGAACUUUCUUGAACUAUUACAUUGGUUGUGUGAUCACAAUACAGAGAUUAAUGCUGUUGCUUUGACGAAUGCACCUGAAAAUCUCAAAUUAACAUCACCUAGAGUUCAAAAAGAUAUUGUGAGUGCUAUUACUUCUGAAAUUCUAAACGUGAUUAUUAAAGAUAUGGGUAAUGGCUUGUUUUCUAUUUUAGUUGAUGAAUCUCGAGACAUUUCGGUUAAGGAGCAAAUGUCAGUUGUCAUUCGGUAUGUGAAGAAUGGGCGUGUAUUGGAACAUUUUAUCGGUGUUAUACAUGUUUCGAGUACCACAGCUGUCUCACUUAAGGCUGGUAUUGAUCAAUUAUUUUCCACACAUAGUUUAAGUAUAUCUAAUUUGAGAGGUCAGGGAUACGAUGGAGCUAGCAAUAUGAGAGGUGAGUAUAAUGGUCUCAAAACACUUAUUUUGAAAGAAAAUUCAAGUGCUUACUACAUUCACUACUUUGCUCAUCAACUUCAACUUGCUCUUGUAGUUGUGGCACAGAAACAUCCAAAGAUUGAAACUUUUUUUACGUCAGUACACAGAUUGGUUAAUGUUGUAGGUGGAUCAGCUAAACGAAAUGAUCUUAUUCGAGAGAAACAAAGACUGAAUAUUCUUGAAUCACUUAAUGUUGGUGAAAUAUCAAGUGGACGGGGUCUCAAUCAAGAAACUACUCUUAAGCGUUCUGGUGAUACACGUUGGGGAUCUCACUACAGUUGCUUAAUUAACCUGAUUCUCAUGUUUUCAACCAUAGUUGAUGUUGUUGAGAUGAUUGCUACUGACACUACAAGUUCUAGAACAAGAGGUGAUGCGUGUAUUUUAUUGGAAUUGAUGUUAAAAUUUGAAUUUGUUUUUAAUCUACAUCUCAUGAGAAAGAUCUUGAGAAUUUCAAAUGAAUUGUCGAAAGCAUUACAAAGAAAAGAUCAAGAUAUUAUUAAUGCUAUGAGAUUGGUGCAAUUAUGUAAAGCACAGCUCCAAACCAUGAGAGAUGAUGGAUGGGAUUCUUUUUUUGGAAUGGUUUGUUCAUUUUGUGAAGCUCAUGAGAUAAAUGUUCCCAAUAUGGAUGAUAUGUUCAUAACUCUAGGUCGUUCACGACGUGAUACGGUGACAAAUUUGCAUCAUUUUCGUGUGGAAAUGUUUUAUGCCAUCAUUGACAUGCAACUUCAAGAGCUGAAUGAUCGUUUUUCUGAGCUAAACAGUGACUUGCUCCUUUGUGUUGCGUGUUUAUGUCCAAAUAAUUCAUUUGCUGCUUUUGACAAGAACAAAGUGAUUCGACUAUGUCAGUAUUAUCCCGGAGAUUUUGAUGCGACAGCUAUUUUGGAACUCGAAGAUCAACUAGAUACAUAUAUUUUUGACAUGCGCACUGACGAAGAUUUUAAAGAAUUACAAGGCCUUGGUGAUCUUGCACAGAAGUUGGGUGCGAAAAAUAAACAUGAAGUUUAUCCAUUGGUCUACAAGCUUGUGACAUUAGCCUUAAUUCUUCCCAUGGCUACUGCUACAGUUGAGAGAGCAUUUUCUGCCAUGUCAAUUGUCAAAAAUCGUCUACGUAAUCGAAUCGGGGAUCAAUGGUUGAAUGAUAGUUUGAUUGCAUAUAUUGAGAAUGAUUUCACGUCCAUUCACUCUCCAUACUUUGUAACUACAUUCUCAUUGGCAACACAUUUACUUGGAAAGCUUCUCACACACUUACUCAAAAAGAUUUUUUUAGAAUACGUUCCCUCUCCAGAUCAAUGGUUUUCUGCAACCAUCGUCCAGUAUCUAAAUCGCGAAUACAUUAAAGAUUUUGUAGAAUUCAUAGAUAUCAAUCAACAAUGUUCUUUACUGUGUAGUAAUUUUUGUGAAUUUGUUUACGGAGAUAUGUUCAGGGCACAACAAGAACAAUUUAGUAGUAAGUUCAGCGUGCAAGAAUUUUGCCUAAUUACUGUACUACCUUGUCAUGAACCAUCCAUUGAAAUUGACUAUAGUAACGAUCGUCUUAGAGAUCAAUACUUCAAUGGGGUCAAAAGAGUUAGCAAUAGAAUGCUUUUUGAAGCUUUCCAUAUGUGGGAAGAGGAGGAAGAUAAAUUUAAGUUGGGACUAGUUAUGUUGGUGGAGUGUAUGUUGAAACUGACUUCAAGACAAAUUGAUUAUAGAACGUUGGGCAUGGUUGAACAUUUUAAUGCGUUCCUUACGUAUCCAUGA